AUGCCAUCGACCGACCUCGUCGCGUUGGACCACAGCCUGCCGAGACCACGAUUGCGCCGGGCUGCCCUGACCAGAUGGCUUCGGACCAAGAUACAGAGCUCAGAGCAAGUCUAUCCGCAAGCCGAACUUGGCUGCUUGUCGCGCAGGGUACGCAAUGCUGUCGAUCAUCCUGUUGACUUCAAGGCCAGUGUGCUUGCCGCCUGGGCUGCGUCGCCAGUUGGACGGGCGGACGAGGGCCUUGCACUUCUUCUGACAGGAGCUCGCGGCCUACACCGCCGCUUUUUCCGCAAAUCCGCACCGUCCAAGCUGCGGCGCGCGUGCACACCUGCCGUUUAUGCCUCCCAAGGCUUUGGCGGUCUCGAAACGCUGGCCUUCGUCGCUGCGGGCGUUGGCUGGCACAUGGAUAAGAACGGCACAUCCACCACCGACGCUAGCAUUCAUCUUCCACACCAACCAUCAUCUCACGCCUUCAAACUAGAAUCUCCGCAUCGGUCAAGUCGCCAGCCAAUCCGUGCACUGCACCGCGCACAUUCUCGCUCCAGAGCCGACGCGCGCUCACGCCAGGCUUCCGAACUCUUUGAAUCCCACCCCCCACCUCCGCCUCAUCCUUUGCCACCACCAACUUCUUCACAUUCUCGCACUCUUCCUUCUCUUUCCGCCAUCUCCAUCCCCCGCACCUUCGCCACUUCCGCCUCCAAGAUGUCCGUCGCCGUCCCCACCGACUUCAACAAGGUUCUCUACCAGUCCCUCGCCGAGGCUGACCCCGAGGUCCAGCAGAUCAUCGAGAAUGAGACUUACCGUCAGUUCUCCGGUCUCGAGCUCAUUGCCUCCGAGAACCUGACCUCGCUCGCCACCAUGGAGGCCAACGGCUCCAUCCUCACCAACAAGUACUCUGAGGGUCUCCCCGGCGCCCGAUACUACGGUGGUAACGAGUACAUCGACCAGCUCGAGGUGCUCUGCCAGCAGCGUGCCCUCAAGGCCUUUAACCUUGACCCCAAGGUGUGGGGUGUCAACGUCCAGCCCUACUCGGGCUCCACCGCCAACUUUGCCACCUUCACCGCCCUCCUCCAGCCCCAGGACCGCAUCAUGGGUCUCGGCCUUCCCUCCGGUGGUCACCUGACCCACGGCUACUACACCGCCAAGAAGAAGAUCUCGGCCUCGUCCAUCUACUUCCAGUCGUUCCCCUACAACGUUGACCCCGCCACCGGCUACAUCAACUACGACGAGCUCAAGAAGAACGCCGACCUCUUCAAGCCCCGCAUGGUCAUCUGCGGUGGCUCCGCCUACCCUCGUGACUGGGACUACGCCAAGCUCGCCGAGAUCGCCAAGACCCAGUCCGCCUACCUCAUGGCCGACAUCGCCCACAUCUCGGGUCUCGUUGCCGCCCAGGUGCAGAACAACCCCUUCGAGUACUGCGACAUUGUCACCACCACCACCCACAAGACCCUCCGUGGUCCCCGUGCCGGUAUGAUCUUCUUCCGCAAGGACCGCGACGCCGAGAUCGAGGGCCGCGUCAACGCCGCCGUCUUCCCCGCCUGCCAGGGUGGCCCGCACAACAACACCAUCGCCGGUAUCGCCGUUGCGCUCAAGCAGGCCGCCGAGCCCGCCUUCAAGGAGUACGCCGUCCAGGUCAUCAAGAACUCGCAGGCUAUCGCCAAGGUCCUCUCGGGCAAGGGCUACAAGCUCCAGACCGACGGCUCGGAGAACCACCUCAUCCUCUGGGACCUGCGUCCUCUCGGCCUCACCGGCUCCAAGGUCGAGAACAUCUGCGACCUUGCCCACAUCACGCUCAACAAGAACGCCGUCAGCGGCGACACCUCGGCCCUCGUGCCCGGUGGUGUGCGUAUCGGCACCGGCGCGCUCACCUCGCGCUCCAUGACCGAGAGCGACAUGGAGAAGGUUGCCGAGUUCCUCGACCGCGUCGUCCAGAUCUCGCUCGACAUCCAGAAGACCUCGGGCAAGAAGCUCGUCGACUUCAUGAACGCCGCCCGCCAGUCUGACGCCGUCAAGCAGCUCAACAAGGACGUCGAGGCCUUCGCCACCAGCUUCCCUCUCCCCGGUGUUCCCGACACCUCGGUCAUCAAGAAGCCUGCCCACUAA